AUUUAUUAUUGUGACGCACCUGCAUAAAACUCCAUCUCAUCUAAAAUUUAUUUUUCAAUAUUUAGUCUAAUAUGUAAAUGUACUAAUAUAUACUUAAGAAGGGGAAUAAGAUCACCUCUACAAGAGCAUGCCGUCUAAAUCAUCAUUGUCAUCAUCAUCAACACUAAAAACAACUCAUGAACAAACUUCAAUAACUUCAGACACAAUAUUUUAUGAUGAACCCUUAGCAAAAAGACAAAAGUUAGAAUCUGAUACUCAUACUAGUAACAGUAACAAUGAAGCAAUCAUAGAUCUAGAAAUAGACAAACUUUUUAAUGAGAUUAAUGCUUCAAUUCCAUCUCCAGAAGAAAGCAAACUUGAUGAUGAAAUUAAUAGAGUUUUAUCUACCAUUAAUGGAUUUGAAGAUAAUGCAAUCUCCUCCCAUAAUAAUGAUGAUAUACUUUUAUCAUCUACCUCAUCAGCUACGACCACCAUUAAUGACAAGAAUUCUCCAUUUGAUUCACUUUCAGAUGAAAAUAUCGGCUCCUCAGCCACAACAGACACCACAUUUAAUGAGAAUGAUAAUCAAAAUAAUAGUAAGAUCAAUCCUGAUACAGUGAUGACUUUAAAACAAUCAAUGAUCAGUACUUCGAAAUUGAUAUCUUUAUUCACCACAUUAAGAACAACUUAUUUAAAAUUAUGUAAGGAGUUCAAUUAUUUAUUAACUAAAUUUAAUGAUAAUGAAAAGAUCAAAAUCGAACUUAUUCAUGAAAAUAACGAAUUAAGAAAUUUAUUAACGGAAAUCAUAAAAGAUCGAGAAAUCGAAAAGAAACAGCAUAAAUUACAAUUAGAGAAGCUUGAGCAACAACUUCAAAAUCAAAAAUAUAUUGAAACUGCUCGAUAGAGUUUCAACCAGCAUUUAUACCAUAUUAUAAUUUUAUUAAUUUAUGGUAUAUCAUCAAAUUAAAAUCUUAGCAUUUAUAGCAUUUAUAGCAUUAUACAUAGUUUACGGCUCAUAUACAAUCGCAUUU